AUAAGGGUUAAAUGAAUAGGCCAUUUUUAAUAUUGCUUUCGUCUGGAUUGGUGUCGAUUUGGCUGGUCGACUGAGAACAGUCGCUUUACUUAUUGUACCAGGGUAUUCUUCAAGGUUAAAUGAAUCAAUUAAUCAGUACAUAUGUGAUAUGCAAAGUUCCAAAUUAAACAGUGAUUCUCUAUUAGCGAAUUUCAACCGUGACAUCGCUAUUAGUGAUGCGAAAAGAAAAUUAAUACGCAAAACUAGUGCGGAAAUUGUGAGCGAAGCCAAAAGCAUGUUGGCAGGGGGAGGAACUCGAUUGGUAUCGGCCAGGAGACCAAUCACACCAAGAGAACCAAGGAGACAACUUUAUGGUCGUGUCGCACCUCCAGGACGUCCACCUAGUGCAUUCAGCCUAAAAUAUUUGCAGUUUGAAUCACGCGCUUUACCUUCACUAGAGCCCAUUCAUCAGAGUUCAGUUCAAAAACAUGGUUUCAUACGUUCGGAAUCGGCCGAUUCUAUCUCAGUGGAAGAUAUUGAUGCCGUCAAUUAUAUUAAUAAUAAUGCAAGCAGAAGUAAACUUCCCGCAUUACUCAAAGUUCCAAACAAACAAGCGGGAUCACUGGAUAAUCUUUCAGAAUGCAUGCCACCGCGUAAAGAUUUUAAGCCUCCUGCACCGCUGUUAACACCGCAAUUUACACUCCAUGCCGAAUCAAAACCACUGAACGAGAAGCACCCUUCCGAGGCGGCUGUUUCUGGUGCAGCAGCUUCUAUCAACCCAACAUCACCAGAUAGCAUAGUCAGGAAUCAUCCACUGAAGCGUCGUCAGGUUCAAUCAUUGGAUGAGUGUAGCAUGCCAGAGGCAGAGAAAUCUGCUUUAGUGAACCAUUCAGGGGGUGUGAAAAUGGAUCAAAGGAAGGAAAAAGUUAAGCUCAGUAAAAGCAACGACUUGCUGACCAAAUCCACGACCGAAUCGUUGUUAGAGCUGCUGAAGGCACAUGUUGGGAUUAGGGAUUGUAACGACGAAACCGUGAGUCAUAUUAAUGGGAUUCUAGGUGAAUUGUACUCACGAGUUAAGGGAGCUAAAGGAAGCUGGCGCGGAGCUGUACUUGGGGCGCUUUACGGAUUGGUUGAAGCAAACUCGCCAACUAUUUUACUUUCUGUAGCACGAGUUGUGCUGGCGCUAAAUGUGACUGGAAGUAAUUUGACGGGCGCGUGCAAACUCAUAUUUAAAAUUGCUCGCAACGAGAACAAUGACAGUCUAUUUGCUGACAGUGAUGUGCCAGAAUUGCUGGUUGACGGUUUGGGACGUGCCUCGCCAGCCGAUGAACCAGAGGCGUGCAUCUACGGAUAUGGAGCUAUUCGAUUUUUGGCUGGAUCUGCAGCUUCUGUUACGCAGAAAAACAAACUUGAAGCAACACGGGAACACUCAACCCGACAAAAAUCAUUAGCAUUUCGUUUGGCCCGGCAUGGUUUGGUACAGUUGAUGAUCCUGCAUCUGAAGAUGUUGAAUGAAAUGGGUUCUACAAAGAAAUUAUCUGGCCCGCCAUUACAUGCCUUGUUUCAGCUUUCUGGAGCUUUAAGAACUUUAGCGGGUGUUCCUUCAAUUGGUAAUUGUCUCUCUACUACAAGAUCUCUAUUAAAUAGCACAAAUCCACAGAUAAAAGAAACUCAGGAAAGUGAAAUGAUUCAGUUGGAGUUGGCUGGACCAUUACUGGUGCGUGCUGCUGAGAUGUGCAUUGAAGAACCAGAAGUGCAGGCUAAUGUUAUUCGAACUUUAAGUGUGCUCUCUGAACGACCUGAAUGCUGCGAGCAGUUAGCUGAUAGUGCAGCCCGAUUCGGAAUACUAUUGGGGUCCAUUAGUGAAACUAGUAUAACAGUUGAGAAAGGGUUGGCGGCUGUGAAUCGCCUCGGAUACAUAUUGGGAAAUAUCAUGGCCCGAUGGGAUACAGCUCGAUUGCAUUUCUAUUCCAAUGACGUAUCCAUGGAGGUCAUCCUCAAGUCUUUGGAAUACUACUCCAAUAAACGGCUUUCAAUCAAAAACCAAAUGGGAGACUCGGUGGUAAACGUUCUAACCAAGCUGGUUCGCGUAAUUGCAAACAUUUGUGUUAAUGCAGAUGUGGGAUACGGAUUAAGCAACAAGCCACCACUUGGGGAGAUACUUUUGAAUAUUCUGCUAAAAGUGAAGGAUACAAAGGACUCAGAAGUGGUUGAGCUUUUGUUUGCUACUUUAGGUGCCUUACAUAAUUUAUCAUAUUACUACGAACAAUCGGACAACCCACUACAAUACAAUCACCCGGGAAGCCUGGCCGAACGUUUGAAGGAUAUUUGCGGGGUGCUUUGCAACAUCCUUAAUACUGAAACUAAUCCUGCUCGGUCCGAAGUGGCUCGCGUGCUGGGCAAUAUGACACGAAAUUCAGCGGUACGUCAAACAUUUUGCAGUGAGAAUGGCUUACAAAUCUUGAUUCGAUGCUUGCAAUCUGAUGACGUAGAAUUGACGGUCACGUCAUGUGGUGUACUUGUUAAUAUUUUGGGUGAUUGGGAGCGAAGAGCACCUUUCCGGGAAAUCAAGGGGCCAAUUAUUCUUCGAAAACUUCUACAGCGUGGAACAUCGACCCAAGAUUGGAUCUUGGCAGGAAUAGCUUGUCAAGCACUUUGGAAUUAUCUUAUUGACAGUGGAAACGUCAUUAAUGCGUUAGGGGAAUCUGAGGUAGAUUAUAUCUGUGGUGAUCUAGCUGAAUGUUUGGAUGAAGAUAAGUUGUUCAAUGAAGAAGAUCCCGAUGUUCUGUGGGAAGAGUUUGCACCGGUAGCCACUGAUUUACUGGAGAGAUUGCAAUCGUGUAUGUCAAUCGGGAACUCACCUUGUCUGUCUUCUGAUGAUGAUUCCGAAAUGACUAUUGGUCAAGCCGGAAAUACUUGGGGAGAGCACUACCAACAGUGGUUGAAGCAAUGAUAAUGUAGCUUGAAACGACCCUAAUCCCAAUAAUUUUAGAAUAGUUCCGGGAGAGAUAUCGCGCAUCUCAUAAUUUCUUUUAUUGUCAUUUGUUCAGGAUGAGUUUUUCUUUCGAGGAGUCAACAUGCGGGUAACGGACCAUACAUAAAACUUUAUGAAGUAGGAGGAAGGGGAUUCGACAAAAUGUUACAUGUUGUGACAGAUGUGGGAGGGAAAAAUAAGCUACAUCUUUACGUAACAUGUUUUUACUGAAGAAUUUUUUUUGCACGUGCAUUUGUACGUACUAGGGCAG